UCACAAUCCACUUUGAUGAUGGGAGCCUCUCGCAGUUUAUCACUGGUACCCCUCACUGCAGCACGUUGAGUCCGGUGUCUUUGUAACCGGAUUGAUGCGUCUGCUGGCUUUUUGAUGAUCAGGACAGCAGGGCUUCAACGCACUGGAAUACUGGCCUAUAGAAGAACAGCAUCUUGACUGAGGUUAAAAGGAUUUACCCUCUGAUCCCAUAAGUUAUUCUGAAGAAUCCAGCCCAGAGAUGUCUAGGCGAAAGGUGAGGGGACUGACCCGUACAGGUCGACAGGUCAGCGAGGACCCAGAUCUGGACAACCUGCUGUCCACUCUCUCCCCUGAGGAAAUGGAGGAGCUGGAUAAAGACCUGAUGAGUGUUCCAGACAUUGGACCAGAAGAUGGGAAGAUCAUCGUCACCCAAGGGGAGAGCCGUCCUUCUCAGCCACCUCUGAGCAACGAUGUCCAGGACACGGCUAGACCAAGCGACACCAGAGGGAGACUCAUUCAGAGGGAGCAGUCAUUAGAGGGGGAACCAAAGAAAGAGAGCCGGAAGCAGGAAUACCUGAGGAAGAUGGGCUUCAGCCAGGAAGGGGAGGAUGAUAUGAAAGGAGUACAAAGACAAUCUAGUGUCACAACUAAAGAGGUUGCCCAGGUGGAGGACAGAAACAGCAAUGGGUCUGAGGGUUUGAAGGAAGAGCGAAGCUGGCGUUCAAGUAGAUACAACAGGAAGGCAGAGAGUGAUACAAAGGAGGAGAAUGAGGAAGAGAAAUAUGAAGAUUACAGGCCAAGAGACAGGAGGGAAAACAGAGAGAGUACUGGGAGCAAAACAAAGGAGAUGAUCUCCAAAUUACAGGAAAAAAAGGAAAAUGGCAAAGAAAAGGAACGGAGAGAAGAAUGCAGGAAAAGAGAUGACAGCAAAACCAAAGACAUCAUUUCAAGGCUCCGUGAAAAAAGUGAGAAGGAUGUGGGAAAAGAAAGGGAACGUAAAUCCGAGAACAUCAGGACACAAGGGCUUGUCUCCAAAUUGGUUGAGAAGCAGACCAAAGCACCCGACAGCCAACCCACAGAGAGUAAAAAAACAGAGGAUAAAACCAAGCCCGAAUCCAACAAGCCAUCCGAGAAAUCAGAUGAGCAGAUGAAACAUGAAAAGACAAAUAACAGAACAGAUGGAGAGGAGCUGGUUAACCACAGCGACCAUGUAAAAGAGAAAUGUAAUAAAGUCAGCACUGAUAUGAAAACUGAGCAGAAAAAGGAUGAUGCUAAAGAAAGUCCUAUAAAAGGUGAAGAGAAAGAAAAACUUGGAAAUUGUGUGGCCAAAAGCAGCCCGAGCAGCAAAACGAAGCAGGAGGAAGAGGAGGAUGAAGACUCCAGCAUGUUUGAUGAGCUGAUGGAGCAAGUUUGUAGCAAUGACCCUUCACUCACAGAGCUCAACGUCAACAACUCAGAAGUCAUCAAAGCAAAAACCCUAAUUGCUUUUGCACAAGGUUUGCACAGCAACACCCACAUCAAGACGCUCGCUUUGGCCAACUGCCGCGCUGACGACCACGUGGCCUAUGCCAUCGCCGCCAUGCUGCGUAGCAACAACACCAUCACCAGCGUCAACAUGGACUCCAACCAUCUCACCGGCAAGGGCAUUCUAUCCCUGAUCCAGUCACUGCAGUACAACGCCACACUGACAGAGCUUCGAUUUCAAAACCAGCGCCACAUAUGCGGGGGGAAGACCGAGAUGGAGAUGGUCAAGAUCCUGAAGGACAACACCACACUGCUCAAACUGGGCUACUGCUUUGAGUUAGCAGGGCCCAGGAUGACCACCACCAACAUCCUGAGUCGCAACAUGGACAGACAGAGGCAGAAGCGCCUGCAGGAGCAGAAGCUGGCCCAGGCCAAUGGGGAGAAGAAGGGGAUGCUGGAGGUACCCAAAACAGGAGGUGGAGGGUCUUUGAAGAGCUCACCAAAGUCUUCUCCCAAACCAUCUCCAAUGCCUUCGCCAAUGCCCUCCCCUAAGCUCACUCCCAAAAAACGAGCUGGAGGUCCUGCUCCUCCACCACCUCCACCUCCUCCAGGGGGUGGACCACCACCUCCUCCGCCUCCCAUGCUGGAUGGAGACCGCUCCGUCAGAGGCAAGAACUCAAGGGACCAACUGCUAGCCUCGAUCAGAGGAAGCAACAUUAAACAGCUAAAGAAGGUGCCAGUACCAAAGUGGCUUCAGUGACACUUCCUGAUGGCAAGAAUGAAUUGGACAAAAAGAAAGGGAGAACACACAUCUCACCACAGGUUUUCCAGGAGAUAAAGGUCCUGUAGCCUCCUGGAGAAUGGUGCAUCAGAAAGGAUGGAAAAAUCCUCUAUGAGUUUUCUCCCCUCAAACGCUGGACCAAACGGACUCUGUGGAGAACAAGCGAUACAGGGCCAUGCAGAGAGUGCCAUGAAAUGUUUUCUCUUCCGUUCAUAUUGAUGCUUCUUUUGCACUACAUAAUAUGAAGCCGCUCAUUGUUACAUGUUGGUGUGUACAGUGGAUAUCACAGGUAUAUACAAUCUUAUCAAAACGGUGUACAAGAAGACGGUGAGAAAUCAUACUAAAGCUGUUUUACUGUUAUUGUGACAGAUCCUUUACGAAUGAUCAGAAAUCAAACAAAUCUGUUGGUUGAAUCAGUUGUGUAUACAAAAAACCUGCAAUAACAGUUUUCUUAUUUGAUGAAAAGACUGUGAAAAUCCCCCCCUUCUGCUUCUGCAAUAUUUGGUCACUCAACCAUGCAUGACUCUCUACUUCCAGCAUCCAUCGUCACAUGAUCACAACAUGUCUGGAGAAACCAUUCUUUGGUUUGGAUCACUUUUCUGUGUCAAAAACAGCUAAAAAGUAUUGGUGAAAACUUUUUUUUUGCUUGUUUUUUUUAAUCAUCUCCUAAUUGGUACCUUUGGAACAAAUCUGACAGUUUGUAACCUACCCAUCCAUCUUGUUCCACUUAUCUACCAGGGGGCGGGUGUCAGUCUCAAACAGUCUACAGAUGAAUGGAGGGAUACAUCCUGGGCAGGUUGCCAGUCCACAGCAGGGCAGCAUACACACCGCAGGAUAAUUUAGAGAUGCAAACCAGUCCUGUUUUUGGACUGUGGUGGGAAGCAGGAGUACCCAGAGAGAACCCACAAAUGCUAGAGGCGCAACAUGCAAACUCCAUGCAAAAAGUUUCCAGACCCAAAAGUAAACCCAGAACUGUUUUGCUGCAAUGUACAGUAACAGGGCUACAAACUGCAUGACAUUGCAGCCCAGUUUUUUUGCAAAAUAAGUCAUUUGAACAGGGGUUACUUGAAUUCAUAAUAAGUGGUAGAUUUAAUCUUUAAAUGUUAGUGGUAUUAGCACUGUAAUUGGAUCCAAGUGUGCUUCAGCAGAGGCUUAGUUUAAAGGUGUGGACGCUUAUGCAGUCAGGUCAUUGCAGCCUUUAUGAACAGAUUUGUUUGUUAUAUUUUGACUGUUUAGGAUGCAUGUUACAUUAAAGGUGGUGAACAUUUUGACAUAAUUCAUAAUUCAUAAACCUUUGUUUGAUCCACUGUACAUGAAUCGAGUUGAAUUCUCCUGAUGAGCUUAGUUUCAGAUAAUUAUAAUAAAAUUACUACUUAAAGGGAGUGCAUCACUGAUGUUUUUGCCAUGAAUUUGACCCAUUAUUUAUUAGCAGAGGAUCCACAGCUGAAGGUCUGUUAAAACUGAGUGGAAAUAUCAGGGAUUUAACAAACACAGAACCCAGCUUCAGCAAAUCCACGAAAAAAUUAAUUGUGGGAACCAUUUUGGUUGGUAUCUUUUUUUUUUUUUUUUUACAUCUCAAAACAUCUCAGACCUUCCAGGGAAAUCCUGAAACUAAUGAGGGAUUUUUUACAACGGAAUUACUUACAUACUGCCAUUUAUCAGUAAAUGGUCCUACGGUGUCUAACAUAAUCUUGUAAAAAAAAAUCCUUCCAGCCUUGCUGUUUUAUUACCCUACUUAGCUUUCUUUUAAUACUUCAAGUCUUAUUUUUUACUGGUUUAAACGUUUAUCUUAAUAUCGGUCUGAAAGGAACUAGACACUAUGUGGUGAACUAAAUUCAAAGCUAUCAAAGAUACACACACGUCUCUUUUACGCACGCGUCUCUGACAGAGCCUGUAUGCCUUUAAAAACAAGUUCUGGUACGUUUGUGAGUGAUAAAUUCUGUCUGCCUCAUAGAGUAAUUUGCUCAUUGUGUAUGUAAUAAAUAUGAAUGGAUUUGA